AUGAAGUUUCUCAACGCCGUAUUCCCGGCCGCAUUGGCUGGUCUUUUACUACUAGUGCCAGCUGUUUAUGCGGUUCCACACUUUAAAUGCGGUGGAGUAUUAACUGUUUCGAUCAGACAAAUUGAAUCAAGUAUGAAUGAAUCUGGAUAUCAGAGGACAAGGCCUGAUGAUCCCGAAGGACAAGAUGGGCAACAAUACUUGUCAUGCCGAUUUAACGCGGUAGCAGGAGACGAUUCCUUCUGCAUGGCUCAGAGAAUCGAUGAACAUCCCAACUACCGAGUCUAUCUGUUACGUGGAGAUAAUUGGCAACCAUGUGUAUACAUGUCAAACUAA